UCCCGACAGCGAUAAGUUCUCCUGAACAAUAACCUCAACGAAGAUAUCAUGCCUAGCAUCCGCUUCAUUUCCACGGCCAUAUCCUUCAUCGCACUAUACCAGCAGAUAAGAUCGGUGGUAGCAUCUUCACUCCAAGACGACCCGGUAACUACGUGCAGCUCGUACGAUCUCAGCAAUAAGAACUUUCCGGGACGCGGGACCGCAAUUGAAGACGACGGUACCUGCAAGGUCACGGUGCCGGGGAACCGUGGUGCUCCACAUCGAAAACUCGAGGUAAUUGAGGGCAGCGAUACUGCCAAAUUGGAAGAAUACUUCGGUGUGAAACUGGAGACUAAACUGAAGAACCUACCGACUUCGGCUAUUCAUCAUCCGUCUCCAUGGAAUGGCCCGAGCUGGCUUGUCUAUCAAGACAGUAUCAACUACGAGUGGAAGAAGGGUCAGCUGAGUCCUGCUGAGAAAUACGCGACGGCCUUCGGUCUGAACGUCACAGAGUUCAUGGACAAGGUUUCGGCUCAAAACGGCAUCGAUUCGGAAAUGAAUUACAGCACGCCUUGUACCACUGACAACGAUUGUGACUUCACGACUUGCGCUAUCCGUAAAAAUGCGAUAUCGGGCUAUUGCAUCCCGACUUGGUACGGUAUCAGUCAUGCAUGGGCCCCGGCCUCCGUUCUGGAGAAAGGUCCCGUUUGUGCAGUAAACUUCAACGGCGUCGUCUUCCAUCCUAUCGACGUCAUGGGACUGGUCACUGACAUCUAUGACGGCGUCAAAGUAUCGACUAUCUUUACUGGGUCUCGCUACAACGGUGGUAACGAAUCAAUGGAUGCCUAUGGCCGAAGCGUGGAGUACUCGUAUCGUGACGUGAACCCUGGGUUCUUCCACAUCGCUGCUACCAACCUUCUAGGCAAGCUCAACCACACCUUCAUCAUUGACAGGCACCCUGGUUACGUUGUCUGGAACCAGCCCGUAUACGGUUUCGAGGUGUAUGAGCAGACAAGCAUGACUGUGGAGGAGGCCGCACAAAUCUUCUACGAUUCGGACACAUACCCUUGGAACGACAACGCUACUAGCAUUGUCCACGUCAAGUCGGGCCUGCUGUGGGAUAACGCGACGGAAGCUGAUGACAGCUAUACCACCUUGAUGGUGCCUCCUGACUCGGGCAUUUCUUACGAGUACCUACUAGAAUUGGACGAAGCCGAAGAGAUUAUCGGUGGUGAGUGGUUGAACACGUCCCUCGACAACCACCCAGACUUCCUUUGGUUUCCUAAGGGAAAACCUGCGGCUGACGUGGUGACGAGUGUUGGUUUGAGCUACGCCAACGUCACGAUGCUGCUAGAGAUGGCGGCAGCGUGCUCCGACUCAAAGUAAGAGUGUGGAAAGAAGAUGGAAUGGAGGGGGGGGGGGGCUAGCGAUGUAGUAAAGAUUAACAAGCACCGGUAGUAAGAACAUGAAUAUCCUACAAGAAAAACUAGGCUCUAUUCAGAAUUGUCGGUUGAUAGUGCAUUUUGUGUAGACUCUUCCACUUCACGUGAUCGACUUCAGCUUCUCAUACGUAGAGUUAAUGAUACCCCACGACAUAAGGGACCGGAAGAAAUUCAUCUGCACGCCGCGAUACAGCCGUCUCACGCUGUGUCCACGCUCUUUGUACGUCAGCUGCAAAGCCUCCCAUGGACCGAUGAACGGUUGCCCAUACACACUCUGCAUACGUGUCCGUGCCACUGCAAAAAAUCACAAAAUCAGUAAAAACAUGUUUAAUCCUUCACCAAUAAACACACAUCAACUCACCGUUAAUAGGGAAUGUGAAGGUGCUGAUCACCGCUCCAAGCAUAGCG